CAGGACAGUCCCAGGGCCAGGAGUGGGAGGUGGGCCAGCUGGGCCCGCUCCGCCCCGCCCCGCCUCGUGGCCUCCCCAGCUGCAAGUCACUGACGCUGGGGUAGAAAACGCCAAGCUAAGCCGGGACCCAGACCCAGGAUCUGACGCAGCCAUGGCUUCCGGAGGGCGGCAUGCGCCGCAGAACUCGGCCUCGGAGGUGAGACCCUCCCGGUGUCCAGGUAAGAGUUCGGACGAAAGUCUAGGCGAAAUGGCCCUUCGCUGUCUGCUCCCGCCGCGGCCGUGGAACGUCUCUCUCUCCGCGGCGAUCCAGAAAAGUUUCUCGGAGACGUGCCUGCGCGAUGCGCUCCGGCCCCCGGCGCCUUCGUGGACCAGAUCCGUGCGGGGGGGAAUGCGCGCUCGGCCACCUGCAGGCCCCGAUCCCGCCGCAGCUCGGGGGCCGCCGCCCGCACCAUCUACGCAGCCCCCAGUCCCCAGCACCCCCAGGCUCAUGCAGAAAACCUGGGGAGGCUUCCCGGACCAGCGCCAGCUGCUCGCCUACCUGACGCAGGCCCAGGGCCGCGAGGCGCGUCUGUGGCGGGGUGGCCAACUCCAGCAGGCUGAGAUUUGCGAAGCCUUCAGGGAAGUUGUGUUGUGGCUCCUGAGAGUUGAGAACAUCUUUGACUUCUCUCAGACCACUUUUAACCUGGCUCUCUCCAUCUUCAGCCGCCUCAUAGUUUCAGUAAAGAUAAAAAAGCAUUUACUCCAUUGUGUCACAAUUACUUCCUUGAGACUUGCUACAAAAGUUAAUGAAGAAGAGGAGUUAAUUCCACGCAUAAAAGACUUCAUAAAGCAUUAUGGCUCUGGCUAUUCCCCGAAUGAGCUCCUCAGGAUGGAGCUGGCUAUUUUGGACAACCUGCACUGGGACCUCUACAUCGGGACACCGCUGGACUUUCUGUCCAUAAACUGAAACACUGUCAAGUGGGUACUUUAGGCUCUUAAUGACCAUGUCACAAAGCGGACUGUCUUUUUCUCACCAGGGUUGAAGCUUAGCUUGGCCGCACAGUGGGUAUUAAGCCUCAAUCCCCUUCUGGGGCCAUGGAUGGGAACGAAAA